AUGACUACCCUUCCCGACCAAGUCAAAUCUAACACCGCAAUUGUCCUGGUCCCUGGCUCAUUCUCUCCAACUAGUUUUUACACACACGUUGUCCGCAUACUCUCUCAACAAGGCUUCGAGCACAUCUCACCCACUCCACUACUCUCAGCCUGCCCACCCUCAGACCUCCGUACGCCACCAGCCAAGCUCGAAGAUGACAGCUUAUAUAUCCGCGAAGUCAUCCAGGCCCACCUCUCAAAAGGCCGCGACGUUGUCCUAGUCGCGAAUUCGUAUGGUGGCUUUCCCAGCACUGAAGCGAUAUCCGGCCUUCCGAGCCGCGCAUCACUGACCACUGAAAGCGAUUCCACGCAGACAGGAGCAGUAGUUGGCAUGAUCUACCUCAGCAGCUUCGUCCCAUUACCAGGAGAUAGUAUACGAAACGUCAUGGCCGAGUACCUCUUCGAACCACUUAAAACAGGCGCGAAAGGCGAGUAUAUGACUCUUCCUGAGGGCAGUGGACCGGGUAUCUUCAAAGACACUGCUUUCACCAACGAAGCGCAGAUACAGGCCUGGUUCGAGACGAUGACGAGACAUAGUUCUGAUUCAUUUGAUGGGCAGGUCAAAAACGACAUGUGGAGUGAGGGAGAGAACAGAUUCAAGGGACGGGUGGUGUAUAUUGCUGGUGAUAAUGAUGAUGUUGUGCCAAUUGCGUUAGCGCAGAGCAUGAUCAACAAGGUUGAGGAGAUAAGUGGUAAGAAGGAUGUUGUGAAGUAUAUUCAGAUCGAGGGUGGUGGACAUGGAAUGCAUCUCAGCAGACCCGAGGUUGUAGUCAAGGCGAUCACAGAUGUCCUGGAAGGGCUGUGA